AUGAACGAACUAAACUCCGCGCACCUGUCAAGUAUUACUUUCAUUAAUAGUAAUGGGGUGAUAAUCACUACUGAAAUUAAAGAGGCAAAUAAAAAGAUGCAAGGAAAUCUCAUAAAUGACAAUGAAGGUAACUAUGCUUUCUGCGAUAAAGAUUUAGAUCAUAUUAAAAACCUUGUUCUUACCUUAAAACCAUUUCACAAAGAAUACGAAGAUAAUAUUUUAUUUCGCAUAAAAAAAAAAGAAGAUAAAUAUAGGUGUGAAUGGGUUUUAUUACUUAAAACGGUUAGGGAAGAUUUAAUAAAGCAAAAAAAUGGUACCUUCAUUGACAUAAAUCUUAAAAAUGAUUUUGGACAGGUGCGUGAACAGCCCGGCCAUCCCGGCCAUGUAUGUGAACCCAAAUGGGUUCAUGGGAAGGAGGAGGAAGUGGAAGAAAAAACUUUCGACUGUACUGAUAUAAAAGACAUUAUGGUGAAAUACGUUUACUGCAUCACUUACUUCGAUAAUUAUAUUAUUAAAUUAAGAAACGAAAUUGGCAUCAUGUACAAUUCGGAUAAUGACAAUUUUUUAAGUCAACUCAUUAAAAUAAAUAACGAUUUUAUGAAAAAGAACAACAAAAAAUGCGACGAGUUUGUACUUGCGAAUGGUCAUAUGGAGGAGAGUGAUGAUAAACUCAUUCACCAUCGUGAUGCAUACAAAAGUGACGCGAAAGUAGGCUUGCCCAAUGGCGCCUUUGGAGGCAUUGGUGGUGGAAACACUCUUUCCAACGAAAACUUAAAUGGCAAUAUUUGCAGCAGCGGUGAUACGCUUCGAAGUUGUAACCACUGCGAUGGCACAUCGAACGCGGAUGUGACCCAAACGAGUUGCGAUAACGCGGGCCUCGAAUUAAGGCAAAAAAUAUGUGUGAAAAACAGCGCGGUGAAGUACAACUUGCGCAAAGCGGUGAAUAACAGUUCCAACGCAAACUCGAAUGUCAGUACGUGCAUAAGCUCACGCGCGAAUGUGUUCCCCAGCAUGAAUUCGAGCAUAAACUCGAGCGUAACUGCCAGCAUAAGUGCUGACAGAAACGCGGACUCGAAUGUUGAUAUGAAUUCUGAGUUGAACGGAGUCUCGAACGCCGACUUGAACGCCGACUUGAACGGAGUCUCGAACGCCGACUUGAACAACGACUUGAACAACGACUCGAACGUAGACUCGAAUACCUACGCUAGCGCUCAUGCCAGCGUUGAGGCAAACGUGGAUGUGAAUCCCAUUUAUAACUACAACGAGUAUGCCUCGUGCGCAUCGCCCAAAAUGGAAGAUAGGCCCAAGGCACGAGACGACGAAACGGCUAUAAAAAAUUGUGAUGAGGAGGAGGAGCAGGAGGAAGAGGAAGGGGAGAAGCACUUGAGCUUUUUUAAAAAACUAUUUUACAGCAAAUUCGGAUUUGAAAAAAGUAGUAAACCGAAAGAGAAAAAUAAAAAUGCCAAUUCACAUAAUUUGUCAGUGAAGAAGGAAAAUGAUAAUUAUUCUUUGAAAAAGGUAAAAGAUGAAAUUCGCGAGCUGGAGGAACCCAGCUCGGCUGUACACGGUGAGGGGAGCCGCCCGACGGGCAUAAAUCGCCACGAUAGGGGUGAUCACCUCGAAAGGGGAGAUAACCACCAAAGGGGAGAUAACCUCCACAGGGGUGAUAACCACCAACGGGGUGAUAACCACCAACGGGGUGAUAACCACCAACGGAGUGAUAACCACCAACGGAGUGAUAACCGCCAACGGAGUGAUAACCACCAACGGAGUGAUAACCAUAAACGGGGUGAUAACCCUGAAAAAGAACAAAUCGACAAUAAUAAAAGUAAAAGUAGAAAUAGCAAUAGCAACGAGAGCGGCGGCGGCAAGGACGAAAACGGUGCACCCGUUAUGAAGCGGAAAGCGAGCGAUGACAGUGCCGCUACCAAUGUACAGAGCGGCGCAGAAGAAAGCGAAAACAUUUUAAAAAAAAACAACAAAGGAAAUAAUAUACUUGUGAACGUGGAUAAUUUGAGGAGAGAAUUCGCUAACCUUUUGAAGGAAAAUGAGAUGAACGAAAAAACGAAAGAGGAGAAAGCAAUUCAAAAUAGGAACUCAAAAGAAAGGCAUCAUCACGUACGACAUAGUAAUAACAAUUCCGUUUUCCAUGAAAAUGUCCACGUGUUAAAUGAAAUUUCGACGGAUGCAUUGCUAAACAUUUUUAACAAGCAGAAUUGCAGUGCUUUGAAGUACGAUUUUUUUUCUCAGGAGAAUGCUCAUGCAGGCAUCCCAUCAUCGAGCAGUUUUCAAAGGUUCGUAGAAGACUCUGCAGAGAUGCAUAAAAAAUGGGCACAUAGGGGCGGCAGUAUAAAUGACAGCAGCAGAAAUGACAGGAGUAGAAACGCGAACAGCGUCGAUAGUGGCGGUUGCCGCAACGUGAAUGGAAGCGGGCACGGCAGCGCCGCGCAUCAUGAGAAAAACAGAACCCAGGAGGGGGCCGAGCCAAAUGCCAACUUCGAGGAUGAAGCCAACAUAGAAUUAAUCAAAUUAAUUCUGCAGCAGCAAAUGAAAAAUAACUGCAAUAGAGGAGGGGAAAACUCCAUCGAACGCAACAGCAAUAUGUUAAGCAAUCACGUGCCAUUAAACGUGCACAAAAAGGAUUACUUUGACCAAAGAUAUAAGGAGGAAUGGUCAAAGGAAAAUUUUUAUAUGAGCGAUAAUCUUGGGAGUGAUAGAACGAGGAAUGAUAAAAGCUUCCAUUUUCAUCACUACCAAAAUCACCGCGAUAAAUCCUUGGAACAGGGGAAUGGCAGAUUACCCAACAUAGCAGUAAGCGAGGAGGAUAAAAUCAAGGCGAGCUGCAUGAACGUAAGCGAUCAUAUUAGUAACAAGAUCAGUAAAAGAGUCACUAGCAAGGUAAUUAACUGCAAAGCUAGUGGUAACAGCAGUAGUAACGCUACUGUGAGUCGUAACGGAGACGGAGAUAUUAACAAAUCGAAGUACGAUUUCCGAAGUAGGAAAAGGAGGGACUCCAAUAAUGAUCGUGCCGAUUAUGCCCAUUACGACAUGGUGAAGCAAAAAAGAGAGCCCACAGAAAGUAAGGAUGAAAACAGGUUAGCAGAUAAUUCCCCUUAUGAAAGCAUCGCAACAGAUGUAAUAAAAUUUAUGCUGCAGUUUAACGAUAACACGAAUAAUACAACUACGAGCAAUGACAGGCAUGAGGGAAAUUACGGUAGUGAUGCUUGCGGAAGUAACGACCACAACGACAUGUUAAACAACGCUAUAGCAGAUUUUUUUAAAAAUCUACCCCAAUGUGAAAUGAGCCACUUACUAGCAAAUAAAGGGGAUAUUCUGUCCAAUACUGUUAGUACUCCCAAAAGUAGCAAAGAGAGUAGAGCACAGAUAAAGAGUGGUAAUGAACCCGCCUGCAGCAACAUGGUGAAGAAGGAAAUUCAAUCCCAUUGUAGUAGCAGUGCAUGCAAUAACACUAGUAGCAACAAUCACAUAAUUAACAGUUUCAGUAAAACCAACAGCUUAAGUAAUGACGACGAUAGUUCCCAUUUCUUCAGUAAUGUGAACAUGGCACAUUUAAGCUUAAACAAAUUGGCUGAACAGGCCUUUGAUCAACAUUUUCAAAGCAGCUGUUCAAGAAAUGACACUGAACUUAGGAACCCACAUUGUAAUAACAUCGAAAAUAUAUUCAAUUUGAUAAAAGGGACAAUGAAAAGUAACUAUGAUGACGUGGGAAGUGUUCACUGUGGCUUACUAUACAACGGAAGCAGCAGUAGUAACAAAAUAAAGGUAAAACAGGAUAUUACAAGGAGGGAUAUUUCACCCCCUUCGACAGCUACAAUUGUUGGAGGUACAAACCACGUAGAUAAUCUUGAUUACCAUCGUAAGAAUGAAACGCUGCCAACGGAUAAGGCAAAAAGUGGCUUGGUGGAGGAUGGUAAAAGGAAAAGCGGUCACCCAAGUGGCCGUGGAGAUAAUGAAAACAACGGCAGGGAUGUCAGCGAGAAUAUUGUCAGCAAUAGUAUGAUCAACAGUGCAAGCAGUAACAAAAAGAGCAGUAAUGGCAGUAGUGGCAGUAGUAAUAAUAAUACCCUUAAGGGGGUUCACCCCAAGGAGGGCGAAGAAAUAAGCAACAAAAAUUGCAGCAGUGCGUGUUAUAGCAAUAACGACACGAAUGACAACAGUAGUAAUAGUCAGGCAGAUAAUUUUAAUCAUGCGAGCGAUGCACAUAACAACAUCAGGCAAACCUUUAAUCUGUCGGACGAAAAUAUGGACCUACUGUACAAUUAUUAUCAGCAGGCAUGUAAGAACUGCAUGGCGCACACAAAGAAGGGGUUACAUAAUGAAAAGGGUGACGCGACAGUGGGGUGCCUUCAGCCGGAGGGGCAUGUGAAUUGCGCUAAUUGCUCCCACCAUGCGGGGCAUGCGAAGUCGAGUAAUAAGGGCCUUGGCCACAUUCAGAGCAACAAUCUGUUAAGCGGUAAGGGCAGCGCCAAGUGCGACAGUAGCAGCCACAAUAUGAAGGCACCAAAAAGUAAGAAGGAUGACCCGAAGGAAAAUGCCAACUACAGCAACAGCGGCAGCAGCAAGAGCGCGAUUAACAACGUUAGCGGUAAUAACGUUAGCGGUAAUAACGUCAGCGGUAAUAACGUCAGCGGUAAUAACGUUAGCGGCAAUAACAACGUUAGCGGUAGUAACAACUUUAGUCUGAGCUUUAGUGAUCAUUAUAAUGAUGCAAAAGGCGUCACGGAUCAAGUGAAUAGCUUCUUUCACAAUUGCCUUUGUAACCUAAAGAACAUGAACGAUAUGGGCCUGUACGACAACCUGGCCAGUGUCGAAAAGGAGAAUGCUGGCGGUAAGGACAAUAGCGGUAGCUGCAAUAAUCGCAGUAACAGUCGUGUCAACAAUAGUAGCAGCCGUGUCAACAACAGUAGCAACCGUGUCAACAACAGCACGUAUGACCAAAUCUUAUGUCACAUAAAGAACAACCUCAAGAUUAGCAACAACGCGAAAAGUGGGGACGAACUACUUAACGAAAGCUUGAAACCAAAUGAAGAGCAGCACGAACGAUAUCACAAAGGGAACGUCGAAGGGAACGGCCAAAUUAAACUUAGCGCUCUGCAGAAUGCCCAAUCCAGUAAUUUGUUAAAGGCGAUAAGGGGGAAUGAUGUGUUUGACAGGAAGAGAGUGGCGGCAACUUGUGGGUCAGGCGGGGGGAAGGAUCUAAACAGCAUGAACAGCUUGAACAGCGUGAACAGCUUGAACAGCGUGAACAGCUUGAACAGCGCGAACAGCGCGAAUUGCGCGAACUGCACCAAAGACACCGACAAAGUGGAAGCCUUCCAAAAUUUGGACAGCGACUUUAGUGCACUGAUGAACAAAUAUGAAAAUAACGAAAUGCCAGGUAACUAUCAGAAGCGCAUUAUGAAAAUUGUAGAAGAUUUUAGCAACAAGAAGAACUCGUGUUUUCAUUCCUUUCAAGCGGGAGGCAGUGGUGAAAACUCCAGCGGGGAAUACACCGAUGAGAAUAUUUUGAAGGCCAUUUUGAUUAACAUGAUAAAGGAACUGUCUUCUGCGAAAGGUGACAGCUCCUUUGCCCGGGGGGCAUCCACGUCAAAGAGUGCUAGCGGGCGAAGCGGCUGCAGCAGCAACAGGUAUAGUGGGCACCCCCGGAAUAAUAAGGGCCACAUCAGACAUGACGGUCACGGGAGUCGCGACGAACACAACCGGCACAGCAACCACGGGAGUCGCGACGAACACAACCGGCACAGCAACCACGGGAGUCGCGACGAACACAACCGACACAAAGAUCAUAACAGGCACAACCGCCAUAACAGAUAUAGCAGACGCAACAGCCAUAGCAGCUGCAGCAGCCAAGCUAGCAAUGACAACAAUGGAAGCAAUAACGAGUGCAGCAGUGUCUUCACCUCCAGUUGUGACGGCAGAAAAAAAAAUUCAUCCAGCCAAAAAUACAAAUCAAAACAAUACAAGUUCUAAAUGAACAGCAACAUCAACUUCCAAAGCAACGUAGACGCCUUCAACAACAUAUACAAUAACCUUGUCAUCAAAAAUAAUAUAAGUAACUCGAAUAAUUAUUACGGUAACUAUUGUCAGAAUAAUAUUAUUAAUAUUAAUAAUUGUGGGGGGAACAAUUAUUUUUAUAAUAACAGGAGAGCUAGCCAAAGCGAGAGCAACGCUUUGAAGGACGGUCACGUAAUAUCAGAUGCGAUAAACAUACAGAGUAGUGUAAAGUGCAAGUCAAACAACAAUAUUGACUUUAACGCCCCCAGUAAUAUAAUUAGGAGACUGCAGAAGGAGAAUAUUAAUGCGUUUCACAUGUCUGAGUUUAAGCACCCACACAGCGACGCUCUCUCCGUGUACGAAAACAACAGCUGCGAUGAUAGCAAGCCGCGUGGCGGGUGCGCAAUUGGUGGCAGCACAGUGGAUGCGAGUGCAAACGAUCUGAGUGCAAACGACCCGAGUGCAAACGAUUUGAGUGCGAACGAUCCGAAUGCAAACGACCCGAGUGCCAACGAUCCGAGCGCCAACGAUUCGAGUGCCAACGAUGCCAGUGCAAACGACGUCAGUGCAAACGACGUCAGUGCAAACGACGCCACAGCCAACGACGUCACAGCCAACGACGACAGCUUCAGCCAUGUCAAUGCGAAUGAGGUAAAUGAGGAUCGACGGAGAAGCAACCCGUUCCGCGGAGACAUGCCACAUAACGACGAGCUGAACAUGAAUGAAGCCAACGCGGAUGACGCCAACGUGGAUGACGCCAACGCGGAUGACGCCAACGUGGAUGACGCCAACGCGGAUGACACCAACAUGGACGAAACGAAUAUCGACGACCCAAACCUGUUCGAUGCAAACCUCUACGAGGAAAAUAUGUUCGAUGCAAACAUUGGAUCCACGAACAUCGGUGACGUCAACCUUGACGUGGUCAAUAUGUAUAGCGGCAAUGCGUACAGUGGGAAAUUGUGCAGAAGUGACCUCUACACUGGCGAACCCUACGGCGAUAACCUUUGCAGUGCAGACAUGUGCAGCGGUAACAUCUGCAGUGGUGACAUUUACGCGAGCACCAACUUGAACCACACUGAUAACAGUGAUGACACCAACAACGAUGAGGCCAACAACGACGACACCAACUACGACGACAAUAAUAACAAUACGAUAAACGACGUGCAGGAGGAGGAAGAAACGCUGCUUGUACAAGGGGACACUGUCUUGAUGCAGAAGGAGAGAGAAGAGGAGGAGGAGUCUCAGAAAAUCGAAGCACAGUCCAACCUUAACGCAGAGCAUACAAAAUUUGAUCAAUUAAAAAUCGUGAAAGAAAUGGCCGUUUGCAAAAAUGAAAGAGUCAAGGAUGAGAAGGGCAACGCGGUUGCGGAUACGAUACAUCCCAGUUUUGAUUACAGCAUUGGCAAUGUUGAUUAUGCUGGUGGUAACGCCCAUUAUGCUGGUGGUAACGCCCAUUAUGCUGGUGGUAUCGCCCAUUAUGCUGGUGGUAUCGCCCAUUAUGCUGUUGGUAACACCCACUAUGUUGUUGGUAACGCCCAUUAUGCUGGUGGUAACGACGACCGGGGGAACAACAAAUUGGAUGAGAGUGGCACCAAAGUUGAGUACCAGCUUGACGACAACUUCCACGCUCCGAGGUCAGGGGAGGAUGAGGCGAACCCUAGUAACGGCCUACCAAAGAUGACGAAAAAGUUGGAAUGUUUCGACGAGUUUCAAAUGAUGAAUAAAGAAAAAUAUGCCUUCAUUUUUAACGCAAAUGUGGAAGAUUAUUACGGUGCCUUUUCUAAUGCACCAAAUUAUGUGCAUUGUCGUAGCGUGCUAAAUGACGGUAGUGGUGGGAAUCAUAACGUACCUAACGAAUUAAACACAGAACUGAAGGAGGAAAAAUAUAUCAGUUUAAGGGACACAUUCUGGGAAAAGAAAAGAAACCACAUGUUUAAUGAUCCAAUUGGAAGGAACCUUCACCAGGCGGAUGAGAUGAAUGGAUCACUACCCGUGGAUAUAAAAAAUUUAUCGCAGAGUGAUCUCAAAGAAUUGCUGUUCCAGAAGAUGUGGUACAGGAGCGCCAUGAAGAGGGAGGAGCAGGAAGAAAAAGAAAAAAAAAAGAAGAGGAAGAGGAGGUGGAUGUAGAUGCAGCAUGAGGAAGGCAAAUCGGAGAGUAGCAACACACACGCAAGGAAGGAAAAGGAUAAGGAUCCCUUGGGCCAAGAUUUUUACUACGAUGAUAUGAACACAAACACAAGUGCAAAUGGAAUUACAAAUUCAGAAGUGAGCGGAAGAAGCAACGUGUACAAUAGUUUCUCAUCGUACAUCUCCCUGAAUAUAAAUUUUUUCUGCCUGUUUGACGAUAUGUAUGAUAAUUUUUUUAAAGAAGAUUUUGAAGAUCGAGAAAAAAUGCUGAAAAUUCUCAACCUGAAUAAGAACCUCUGCUACAACCAACUGCUCAUGUAUGACGGUUCCACCCGUAGCUUAGAACAGGCCAGAGGGAGCAUCAGUAGUAGUGGCAGCAAUGGUGGAAGUAACCCCCUUUAUGGAAGAAGUAGUGCAGUGAUGACCUACUCAAGUGAUCAGAAGAAUAAUUCCAUUCUAGUGGACAGAAGGAGUUCUUUCGAUGCCCCCCACAGUAAUGAUAACCAUGUCCCAACCGCGCUCUACAACGGGGUUGCCCAUAAAGGGGAUGUAGAUACCCACAUUAAGAACAGCAGGGAUCACAAAGAAGUGAUUCAGAACUAUGCUGGCCAGUAUGGUCUGAGCAAGGAAGAAUAUGCAGAAUCUCCCCCCCUUCGAAUUAAGGAAGAAAUGUUCUGCUUCAAGAAGGUAAUAAAUCAACUGAGAGAGUUCCAAACCGUUAUUAAUAACAAGCUUCAUAAGAAUGGUAAAAGCGACAUGGGUGAAGUAAAGGUUGAAGAUGAUAGCCUCGGUUUAGGUGCAACAAUUCCAUUUAGAAAAAAGGAAGAACUAGACAUCGAUGAGGAAAAACGAAGAAGGGGAAGCAUCAUCCCGUUUGACGCUGCCACCACCAACCAAAGUGAUUACAAAGGUGUGGUAAAAAACGAGCUGAUGUUUACACAUGAAAUUGUGCAGAAAAGUGAAAGGAGAGAUGAAGAAUGCUACACUAAAGUAGGUAUUCCGAGUGAGAGGAACUUGGUUCCCAAAAAAAUAAACGACCCAACGGAAGAACAGAACAUAAAAAAUGAUAUCGCUUUUAAGGCUGACGAAGAAUGCAAGACUGCUUUGAAAAAUAAAAUAAUCAAACCGAAAGAGGAGAAGGUAAACAGUGAUACUAAGGAGGAGCUUGAGGAAAGCAAAAGGAAUGUGGAUACGUAUGACGGAUAUGUCAGUGAUAAUUCGUUUGUCAGCGACCAUGCGCAUGAGCUGGUAAAGUGUGUGCUACAGCCCGAAGUGGAGAACAACUACAGUGCUGACAUAAGUAGUUACCACCAAUGCAGUGGCGACUACAGUGGUGACAAAAUCCAGAUGAGCACCCCCACACCUAAGGGAAACGCACCCAUCGAAUUCGAAAUAAACGUCGACUGCUCCAUGGAAGAAAACGACGUCAUGUUUAAAUUUAUAUAUCACAAGAUUAACUGCAUACGGAACAAUAUGUGGACGCAGAGCAUGGACGAGUUGCAGAAUAAAGAAAUAAAAGAGACGCUCCGAAAAUGUCGCAAAAGGGAUGGCAGACGGAGGGGCAAAACAUGCGGCUCAGACGACACGUAUAGCGAUUACAAAAUGAUGAAGAACGAAAAGGAGCAAGUCGGAGGGGAGAUGAUGAUACCAAUGUCCGCACAAACGCAAACCCCUCAGACAGAUAUGAACAACAACAACACCAACGAUAUAUACUACUUCAACAUUUACACAAAUCUGUGGGAAAACAUAGACUUGAAUGUGAGUCUCAAAUUAUUAGAAUCUCUACAGGGAAAAAAGAAAAGGAUUAAUAAAUAUUAUAAAAAUAAUUCCUACGAAAAUACGAAAUUUAUAACCUUCACAGAAUGGAACCUGUACAAUUUAAUGAUUUCAAAAAUUUACAAAAGCUUCGAUGUGAAGAAAUUUGAAGAAUACCAACUGAAGGUUUACAAUAUGGAGAAAUUCCAAUAUGAGCUUAAAAAAAGAAGCACUUACAAUUUUGGUAUCAAAAUUAUUGGAGAUUCGAAUGGAAGAAGAGGUGGUGUUGGCGUCUCCCGUAGAACUAAAGGUGCUAAAGGAAAAGGACAUAAGAUCGAUGAAGAACAUAAUAAUAACAACAGUCGAACUUCGAAAAAUUCUGAUGAUUAUUCAGACCUUAAUUAUGAUGAUGAUGAUUAUUUUUACGACGUGGAAGAGGGAGACGAUGAGUAUGAGUUUGAGGGACAGGAGGAUGAUGUGGAGGAAGAGGUCGAGGAGGAAGAAGAGCUAAUGAAUGAUGAGGAGGGACAGAAAAAGCAAGACUACAAAGAAUUGGAAGGGGAAGAGGAUGAUUCGAAAGACUUUGUAUUUAUCAAUGGGAGUGCGGUAAGCUCAAGAGACGGUAAGGAUUCCAAAACGGGUGGAAAUUUAACCCAACAGGAUGGAGAAAAAAACUUCUCAAUGAUAGCCAAAAAUUUGCGAAGCAGCAAUGGAAAUAGUCACAACAGUGGGAGUAGAACCUUCUGUAAAAACAAAAGCAAAGGUGGAAAUAGAUUAUGCGUUAGCAAUAAGGAUUAUCAAAUGUAUAAUAAUAGUACCGACCAGAAGGGUACAAAAGAACUGAGGGAAGAUAAAAUUACGAUAGUUACUAGGGAAGAAGUGAUGUCGAAUAAGAAAAUGAAAAAUGCUUUCUUCUCCACGAGUGAGGAAAAACAACACCUGGAGGAGGAGGAAGAAGAAAAUUGCAACAAGAGAAACAUAGGCAUGUCUUUGAGAAGGAAGAAGAGAAACAGCGUGUUAAGUGGCAACUCAACAGAAAAUAGUUUGAUUAAGGCCAAUAAGAGGAAAAACAAAAAAUUGAAAGUUAGCGUAAAGGUAGAUAAGUACGCUGAAAAGGUGAUCGACCCGGGAGCCACUCAUGUUAGAAAUGGUCGAGUCAGUAGCGGAGGCGCCAGUAAAGGGAAUAACAACGGACAUACGCGAAACAGGAAAGUACAAGUAUUCAAAAAGAGGGUAAGUCGCAGAAGGAACUUCAACCCCCUGGUGGAUAAGAAACCUAAUGUAUACCACCUGAUACAGAUGCCAGAUUAUGCAAGUCACAAAGAAUUGAUAAAAAGAAAAAACGACUGCCUACCGACGUAUAUACUUCAAUACGAACAAUUGAAGAAAAACGAAUGCAUAUACUUUAACAUACAAAACCAUUACAACAAUUUUAUUAACAACGUGUACCAUUUUGCUGUUAGCUAUGAGCAAUCUUUAAAGCACAACGAAUACUUGAAUAACACAUUGAAUAAUGUGAAGGCCAGGUUGCACAUUAAGAGGUUGUGUCUUAAAAAGAACGUCACUCUGAAGGAUAAUUUAUUCGAUGUGUGCAAUACCUAUUUUAAUGACAUGUACACGUAUGACCCGGUGAGCAACACGUAUGUUUUGUAUAAGACCAAAAAAAUGAGAAUGAACAAACGAGAGAAGACAAUAAAUAAUCAGGACUACUAUAGCAUGUAUGUGAAUGACUACAUUGAGAACGAGUUGCUGAACAAGAGGAAGAAGAGCAAAAAGAAGUGCGCGCCGAAUGUGCUGUGUGAUGGGGAUGCCGCGGUGGUGAAGAAGUUGCCGCUUUUGCGCCACCAGGGAGAAGGUUACCCGGAGGGAGGCGGUUACCCAGAUGGGAGUGCUUACCUGGGGGGGAGUGGUUACCCGGGGGGAAGCCCCUAUGUUGGGACAAACGAUUAUGCUGAGCGGGACGAUCCCGAACAGGCGGGAGCGUACGAAGAGGCCAUUGCUUAUGACGUGGCCAACCAAUACGAGCUGGUUAACCCGUAUGGAAGUUCAUUCCUGAACGGGAGUGAAAUGGACAGUCAAAGGGAAAUCGCGCGAAAUGAUCACAUGGAAGGAGGACGAACUAGCCACGAGGAUAGCAUGUACGUGGAGCGCAGUACGUACCAUAUGCAGAGUGUACGGGCCAAUGAUAAAAACAGUGGCGAUGGAAGAAACGGCAACGAGGGAAACGUGGAAUCCAUGGGAGAAGACCCUAUUAAUCGGGAAAACUUCAUAAGCUGCGUAAAUCGCGUGUCACGAGUGGACAGCGGAAGCAGGGACCACAUCCACGGAGCGGCAGAGCUGGCCCGAAGCGACUUCGAACUGUGCAGCCGGCUGAAGUACCUGAACUACUUUGUUGACAACGUAGAAGACGAUCAUGACUACAACAACGGCACAUGCAAACAUGUCAUGUCCUUCAGCGAAAGAACGAUCGAAGAGGAGUUAGGGGACAUGGACCACGAACCGGGGCAGGAGAAUCAACACGAGCACGGCUACCGGGGGGAUUACCAGCGGGAUUACCAGCGGGACUGCCAACGGGAUUACCAGCGGGACUACCAACUGGACUACCAACGCGAGCAGGACGAGCACUUGGGGGGAACAAACCCCUUUAAGCCAAAACAAAACAGGGCCUUUCCACCCGAAGAAUUAAGCACAUACACCAGUCAUUUUGACGACGAAAAUGAUAAAACCCAUUUUAAUAAAACGAACGCACAUUUCUUUAACUAUUACGAGCAUAAUAACCAUAACAUUAGUAACAGUAAGAAUAAUGAUAAGAGUAAUAAUGACAAUAAUAAUGAUAAUAAUAACGACAAUAAUAACGACAAUAAUAAUGGCAAUGACAGUGACAGUGACCGUGGGGGGAGUUUUUUCCAGGAACCAGAAAAUGGAAAAAAUAAAAAUUACAGCGCGAACAGCAAAGAGUUUUAUUUUAAUGGCAGCGUAAACCACGAUGACAUAAUCCAGUAUAUUGAUAUACAGUAG